GUGACUGCUUGUCGGGUCUCUGCUGUCCCAAGGCACCCUCUGGGAAUGCAGCAAAGCCUUCUCUGGUGCCAGCGGUGUGAACAUGGGCAUCUCACACCAGUACAGGCCAACUACCCUCUGGCCAGGAUGAAAUUCUAUACGGGGUCCUGGAGAGGCACUCCCAGGCAGGAAAAAUUUGAAAUCUUCAACCUGGGUAUGAAGACUGGGGACACCCUGAAGGUCAAGGGCAAGAUAUCUGAUGAUUCUGAUGGCUUCAGCAUCAAUCUCGGCUGCAGAGUCUCAGAUCUGGCACUUCACUUCAAUCCCCGCUUCAAUGAGUCUGUCAUUGUCUGCAACUCCAGGUGCUCCAAUGCCUGGCAGGCAGAGCAUCGUGAUGACCACUUCUGUUUCUCCAGGGGCUCCACUACCAAGAUCAUCAUUGAAAUGCUGGCAGAGAAAUUCCAAGUGAAACUACCAGAUGGGCAUACAGUGAAGUUCCCCAACCGGCACUGCUACCAGACAAUCAGCUACAUGAGCAUCAGGGGAGGCUUCAGGGUCACCUCCUUCAAGCUGGAAUGA